UUUGCCAUAAAUUGCCAGCCAUCAUUAGACAGUUUCGAAGAAUACAGAUAGAGAAAUAUUUUCAUAUUAUUUUAUUUCAAAUUGCACAUCUUAUACGUAUUAACACAAAUUGAAGAAACCAAGCAAGAUAAUUGUUAGAGUUGACCUUAAUUAGGGUAUAUACCCAUUAUAUGCCGGAGAUUAUUCGGGACCUAUUCUUCAAAGUUUGGCUUUAUAUAUUUGGGACACCAUCCCUAUGUCCUAAGUCCUAACACAAUUUCCUCAAUUCCAUCAGCUGAAGAUUUUCUAAAGUUCUGCGGAAAUUUCAGAAUAUAUCAGAAUAAUUAAGAGAUAAAUUCAACCAUGGCUGGAGAUCAAUUGAAAGUGCUUAAUGCACUUGAUGUAGCCAAGAUUCAACUCUACCAUUUCACAGCCAUUGUUGUUGCUGGAAUGGGCUUCUUCACAGAUGCCUAUGAUCUUUUCAGCAUUUCCUUAGUGACCAAGUUAUUGGGGCGUAUAUAUUACACAGAGCCAGGUGCACCAAAGCCAGGCACAUUACCUCCUGGUGUUUCCUCUUCAGUCACCGGUGUGGCUCUAGUCGGAACCCUAGCUGGGCAACUGUUCUUUGGUUGGCUCGGCGACAAGAUGGGCCGGAAAAAAGUAUAUGGUAUAACUCUGCUUCUCAUGGUUGUAUGCUCAGUUGCAUCGGGCUUAUCCUUUGGAUCAAGCCCAAAAGGUGUCGUGGCCACUCUUUGUUUCUUCAGAUUCUGGCUAGGGUUUGGUAUUGGAGGUGAUUAUCCUCUUUCAGCCACUAUUAUGUCCGAAUAUGCCAACAAGAAAACUCGCGGAGCUUUCAUUGCUGCAGUUUUUGCAAUGCAAGGGUUUGGGAUUUUGUUUAGUGGGAUUAUUUCUUUAGCUGUAUCAGCAGGAUUUGAUCACAAGUACAAUGCUCCAGCCUAUGAGGAUAACGCAGCAGCCUCAUUGGUGCCACAAGCAGAUUACAUUUGGCGUAUAAUUCUAAUGUUUGGUGCUCUUCCGGCAGCCCUGACGUACUACUGGCGGAUGAAGAUGCCAGAAACUGCUCGUUACACUGCCCUGGUGGCCAAAAAUGCGAAACAAGCAGCUCAAGAUAUGGCCAAUGUGUUGAAUGUCGAACUUGAAGCAGAAGAAGAGAAAGUACAGAAACUUGCAGAACGCAAAUCCAAUUCUUUCGGUUUAUUCUCCAAAGAAUUUGUUCGCCGCCAUGGCCUUCACUUAUUUGGAACAACUUCUACAUGGUUUCUUCUAGACAUUGCAUUUUAUAGCCAAAAUCUUUUCCAGAAAGACGUUUUCAGUGCAGUUGGAUGGAUCCCACCUGCCAAAACCAUGAAUGCUAUCGAGGAAGUUUUUCGCAUUUCUAAAGCACAAACCUUAAUUGCCCUCUGCAGUACAGUUCCAGGCUAUUGGUUUACAGUAGCUUUUAUUGACAUCAUUGGACGAUUCGCAAUCCAAUUAAUGGGCUUCUUCUUCAUGACAGUUUUCAUGUUCGCCAUAGCCAUUCCUUACCAACACUGGACAGAAAAGGCUAACAGGGUUGGAUUUAUUAUAAUGUACGCACUUACAUUUUUCUUUGCCAAUUUUGGGCCAAAUGCAACAACAUUUGUCGUCCCAGCUGAAAUUUUCCCAGCCAGGCUUCGGUCUACAUGCCAUGGAAUAUCUGCAGCUGCUGGCAAAGCAGGCGCCAUUGUUGGUGCUUAUGGAUUUCUCUAUGCUGCUCAAAGCAAAGACGCUUCAAAAACGGAUGCUGGCUACCCACCUGGCAUUGGUGUGAGGAACUCCCUUAUUGUUCUUGGCGUCAUUAAUGUAUUAGGAAUGGUUUGCACGUUUGCUGUGCCAGAACCUAAAGGAAAAUCACUCGAGGAGGCAUCCAGAGAGAAUGUCGAUGAUCAAGAUGAAUGCGUGGGAGUAUAAUUGGAGUAUAAUUUUGAUAUUUGCAUAGGAUUGACGCGUGAAGAAAUUAAUUUGGAUUAAAUAUAUAGGUUUUCUUUUUGUUCUUAAAAAAGGAUUCCGGCU